AUGUGCAGGAGUGGGAUGGAUGUGGCGGAGAUGUGGAGAUGCGGGAUGCGGAGAGAUGAUGGCGAGUGCGGGGAUGUGCGGAGUCAUGCGGGAUCAUGUGAGACUGUGCGGGGAGUGUGGAUCAAGGCUGGUGGGUUUCUGAAGACUAGCAAAGAAUUGAAGUCGGCGAUUGCGGCAUUGCAGGAGGAACUGAGCCAGGUUGAUGAAGAUAUCGCAAAGGCUUUGGCACGACUUGUAGAGUUGCGAUUGCUGAUUGCCCAGCUGUAA